GCCAUCUGUGACAAGUAAUAAGUAAUAGAUGCCUAAUAGAGUAUUUAUUUAGUUGCGUAUUUAUAUGCAAGUUUACCAGUUUUUCUCGAAAUGGACAUUGUACUGAAUCCUUAAUGACGUCUUUCGUAUCAAAGGGCAGUGUAGUCACCUUCAGAUUUAUCUUCUGCAAAUAUUAAACAGUAGUUACUCUUUAAUACAAAAAAUAAACAAUUACUCUAACCUAAAUGGUACAAAAAGGACUGGUAUUUAUUUCGUAGCAUUAUUACACUGGAAGUUCCAUUAUUUAGGGAUGAAUCGCGUCGAUUUGAAAGUGGUUUUAUUGGGUAACUCAGCUGUAGGAAAAACGAGUCUCGUCGAACGUUUCGUAAAUGAAAGGUUUAAUGAAGGUCUAUCUUACCAAAACACUAUAGGCGCUGCGUUUGCAGCUAAGCAAAUGCAAGUCAAUGGGAAAAGGCUUAUCAUGGGGAUAUGGGAUACAGCAGGCAGUGAGAAAUAUGAUGCUAUGAGUAGGAUAUAUUACCGUGGUGCGAAGGCUGCUGUUAUCUGUUAUGAUAUCACAAAAUCAAAUACAUUUCAAAGAGCAAAAUUCUGGAUAAGGGAGCUUAGGGAAGUUGAAGAAGGAUGUAAAAUAUACAUGUGUGCAACAAAAAAUGAUAUUUUAGAGCAUGGUGCAGUUCCAUCUCCUAAUAUAGAUAUUGUAAAAACAUAUACUGCUGGCAUUCGAGCUAAAUUGUUUAUAACAUCUAGUAAAACUGGAGAAAAUGUUGCUGAAUUGUUUAAUGAAAUUGCACAAGACUUUAUGUCUGAUCCAAAUAAUGUACAAAAAAUUGAAGAGGUAAUUGAUAUAAGUAACGAACCCAAAGUAACAUAUUGUUGUUAAUAAAUAUAACAAAGUCAGUAUUAAAAAUUACCAUAAUUUUCUUAUUUAUCAUAUUUUAUAUUAUUUUGUACAAGUGAAUAUCGCGAAUAUAAAUUAAUGUGCAGUAUAUUAUAACUCAACACAUUAUUAUAUGUAAAUGUAAGGAAAAUUUUCAUGUUUGUUGAUUAUUUUUAAAUAUACUUUAUAUUUUACAUUU